UUCCUCGACCAUGAUGAAUGCCUAAGAAAUUACGAGCAUGGUGUGGUCUGGCCCAAAUCCAUUUUCUCCUUUUUCCAUUUUUGUUUUUAAAUUUGGCCCAAUAGAAGUGUUGAACAUGCUUCAGUCUUUCCCCCCUUCAAAUUUUAACGUGAACACGUUAAAUAUGCAGAAGACAACAUGAUUUGAUUGGUGGAUUUUGAACGAUGAAACACGUCCAUGGAGCAUCUUUUUGAGGACGAGAUUUCCAUUUCAUCAGCAAGACGUGUCUAUUCCCGAUAUAUGGUGUUAUUCUUAGAUGAUUGCAGAAACUUUGGGCUCAUGUUUACGCCAAUGCUCCAAAUUAAAGGCAUUGCAGUAUGGUUUAUCUCUUCACGCUGCAACUUUCAAGAUAGGCGUGCAAUCAGAUAUCGUUGUCUCCAACCAUGUGCUCAACAUGUACGCCAAAUGUGGCAGAAUCACUUUUGCUCGUAAAGUGUUCGACGAAAUGUCUGAGAGAAAUCUCGUCUCAUGGUCUGCUAUGAUUUCUGGGUAUGAUCAAGCUGGGGAGCCUUCUUUGGCACUCGACCUUUUUUCCCGGAUGCAGCUUGUGCCGAAUGAAUACUUAUAUGCUAGUGCCAUUAGUGCCUGCGGGAGCCUUACAGCACGGCUGCAAGGACAACAGAUUCAUGCUCAGUCCUGGAAGUUUGGGUAUGAAUCUAUCUCAUUUGUUUCUAAUUCACUCAUUUCAAUGUACAUGAAAUGUAAUUGUUACAAUGAUGCCUUGUUGGUCUAUGGUGAGAUGGUAGAACCAAAUUCUGUUUCUUAUAAUGCUUUAAUUGCUGGGUUUGUGGAAGGCCAGCGUGAGAAAGGAUUUGAAGUGUUCAGAGUUAUGACCCGGCAAGGACUCGUCCCGGAUCGAUUUACUUUUGUGGGUCUGUUGGGGCUUUGUAUAGAUACUGAUGAUCUGCAAAAGGGUAUUGGAUUGCAUUGCCAGACAAUCAAACUGAAGCUUGAUUCCACCCCUUUUGUUGGCAAUGUGAUAAUGUUGAUGUAUUUGAAGUCGAAUUCAGUAGAGGAAGCAGAGAAAAUCUUUAGAUUGAUCAAAGAGAAAGAUGUUAUCUCAUGGAACACUUUUAUUGCUGCUUGUUCUCACUGUGGACAUGAAAGGGGUUUGAAAGCUUUUGGGGAGAUGUUGAAGGACUCCAGUUUGAAGCCCGAUGAGUAUACUUUUACUAGUUCUCUUGCUGCCUGUGCUGGGUUUGCUUCCAUUCGUCAUGGCAGGCAGAUUCAUACACAUAUAAUUAGAAAAAUGCUGAAUCAAGAUGUGGGAGUUAAUAAUGCUCUUGUUAACAUGUAUGCUAAAUGUGGUUCAAUAGGAUAUGCAUACAAUGUGUUUAACAAGAUGGUCCAUCGUAAUCUUGUCUCAUGGAAUACUAUCAUUGUUGGAUUUGGCAAUCAUGGGCUUGGAGGAAAAGCAGUUGAGCUUUUUGAGGAAAUGAAGGCGAGAGGAUUGUUACCAGAUUCUAUUACAUUUAUAGGAGUUCUAACCGCUUGCAACCAUGCUGGACUUGCGGAGAAGGGACUUAAUUUGUUCAAUUCCAUGGAAGAGACCUACAGCAUUGCCCCUGAUAUAGAACAUUUCUCUUGUCUUAUUGAUCUGUUAGGACGAGCUGGAAGGUUACGGGAAGCAGAAGCGUACAUGAGCAAAUAUCCAUUUGGGCAAGAUCCAGUUGUUUUAGGGAGCUUGCUUUCAGCAUGUAGGCUGCAAGGAGAUAUUGCCAUUGGGCAACGGUUAGCUAAGCAACUUCUGAAACUUCAACCUGCUACUACCUCUCCAUUUGUUUUACUAUCAAGUCUUUAUGCUUCAGAUGAGAUGUGGGAUAGUGCUGCAGAGGCAAGGAAGAUGCUGAAGGGAAGUGGAUUGAAGAAAGAGGCUGGACAUAGCCUGAUUGAAGUGAAGGGAAGGUUUGAAAAAUUUACUAUAGGGGAUUUUUCUCAUUCAAGAAUUGAAGAAAUAAAAGAGAUGCUCAAAAUUUUAAGCUGGGCUGUGGGUGAAUUUUCCUUGGAGCCUAUAACAUGAUUCAUCCAAUAGUCACGUUUCUUCCUUGUUUUAUUCAUUGCAAGGAGAUAAAAUGAGCCGUGAGAAAUGCAAAAAAGGCAUUCUUCCUUAUGCAUUCACGAGAUAUAUGCAUAAGAGGUGCGGCCCUAAAUGAAAUUAUGGUGGAUGAUUGGAGGAGAUAUCAUUUGAAAAGGCCCUUCUGGUUGCUAGAUGGGCAGAUUUAACUAUACAAAAGUUUUGCUGUUUUGGGAGCUAAGGCCCUUAGUAAGCCUUUCUUUGGCAAGAGACUCAGAAAGGCAAUUUUAAAGAACCAUGGUUAAUUUGCACUCACUUGGCUUUUUAAAAGAUCACGAAGAGUCUUAUCUACUGAAAACUUCGUCAUGAUAUGCAUGAAGGUAACACUUAAUACGAAGAUUUUGUUUAUACAUAGAGAGAUCAUAUAGAUUAUAAAUAUAAAUCAUAUGAUUCUUUUUAAUAAUACUUCAGUAUUUAUAGAUUGUUCCUCAAUUAUUUUACC